AGUUCAGGUCGCAGACAGGGAAAGGAGAGACAGCAGAGUCUUUGGCUCUUUCUGGUACAGAUAAACUGGUCUGAGGAAGAAAAUCCUAUAACACAGCUACACCCUUGGCCAUGGCGUGUGUAACAUUUCGAGAACCAGUAUCAGCCACGGUGGGAAAGCGGAUGGUGUUCACAGGCCCAGAUUAUGUAAAAGAUCACCUCCCUCAAGUUGCUCAGCACACUGCCUAUAUAGGAGAAAAGCAUCCUGCAAUAGAGAAAACUGGAGAUCUCAGAUAUUUAUGGAGGCCUGCCUCGAACAGAAGCUUGCCAGCUAAAUAUAAACCUGAGUAUGUUGGUGAAAUUGGCUGGGGAAUACCAGAGUAUGAUUUUAUCAACAAAACAAGGCUUCAGACUGGCUUUCACAUCAAGUAUGGAGAGCUCAGUCAAGCUGCUAUUGACAAACUAAGCCACAGAUACCAGUGCCCAUGGCAACCCAAUCCUUCUAUUAUGGACGCGGAAGGAAGCUCCAGUCGUGGUUUUAUUGCCUGGCACAUGGGGGAUUAUGAAGACACCAGCCAAAGAAACUCCAAACGGGCCGUCCUCCUCCGACAGAGCAAGGCAGCCCUGCCCAUAGGGUCCAGACCGCCGAAGCCGCCGAAGCUGCCGAAGCUACCGAAAAAGGAGGAGAAAAGCAAAUUUCGGCCUCCACAUCAACAUGAUGCACGUUGCUACUAGAAGGGAGAACUGCCUGCAAGUGCAGAGCAAGAGUCACGCUGUAAGAGGCCACAGGUGCCUCCUGGGUCACCGCUGGGACAGCGGUCCUGCCGUUUAAAGCCCAAAUAAAGGUUUCAGCGAA